GUAAUGAUCGCUAUGCUCGCCUCGCUUUCAAACCAUUUUGCUAAUUUGAGACUCGUCUGUUGAUAAUUCCUCCAAAUCCUUUCCUCCAAUCAAGGAUAAUGUUGGUAUGGUUCCAAAUCAGUGCCAAGUAACAAACCACAACGGAACAAAAGGACACGUUUUGUAAAACUGAAGUGAAUCAUUUCCACUGACUCAAACGGAAGUCCGGGAAUACUAGAUAUAAGCUCGUCACUUCUCUUGUUGUGUUUUAACGCAAGGGAAAAACCCCAUAAAAGCAACCGACUCUCAAAACUGGCACAACAUUUCCUUGUGGGCUCGUAGACUAUAAAGCCGGAGUAAUCCUUUGAACAGCUAAAAUUCUGCAUCACUUUGAACAACAAAGGUUCAAGGGUGUCAAACAUGAAGACCUUUGCAUUGUUUGCGGCUUUCGUCUUGGUGGCGCUGUUCGCCCUCAGCGAGGCCAGGAACAGACAAGCUGAUACAAACAGGUCGGUCUGCCGUCGAUGCCGCAAAGAGCCGCUCCGGCCCAACCAGCGCGUGUGUGCCUUCAACGGAGUCGGUACUCGCACCUUUCUCUCCCAGUGCCUAAUGGAGCGGAGGGCCUGCCAGACCGGGCGGGACAUCACCGUGGUCUCGCAGGGUCCCUGCCCUAGGCCAGUCCGCCAGGGAGGAGGACAGCAACAGGGCGGUAAUACGGACAGUAACGAGAGCCCGGAAGAUCUCAGUCUGAGCAAUGAGGUGGACGAUGGAGUUAACAAUGACAUGCCGACCAUCGCUCCAGCAAGGACCACUGCCAUGCCAUCGCAGCCGCCCACAUCCCCACGAACGGUGUCUGGCUCGGCCGGGACAAAUGGCCCUCCACCCCCAAUGUCCUCCGGCACGGUAGCGCCCGAGUCGGAAGCAUCGGACCAGCCCAUCAGCGGGACAUCCAUGGCACCCAGCGGGACAUCCAUGACUAGCCGCCCCGCUCUCAGUACCUCCGUCACGGCACGCCAGUGCAACAGCUUCAAUAGCUGCGUGCCUUCGUCAGCGGUGUGCGGGACGGACGGGACUACCUACCCGUCACAGUGCGUGCUGGAGGUUACAGCGUGUCAGAACAAUCUAGAUGCGCUGACUGUCGCCUAUGCUGGUGUAUGCAUCCCAUAAAAACAACUCCACUUUGAACUGUUUCCUGAAACUAGAAAGUAGCAGGAAAAUAAGUGUAUUUCCGUUAGCGUGUGUGUACCUAAAGUUAGUAUUGGUUUGACCUUGUUCUUUAGGUGUCAGCACUCAAAAAAUUGAUGAAACAAAAUUAGACGGCGUAACAUUUCGAUUCCAGCAGAAUCUUUGUCAAAAGCAAAAUGACAGGUGUACAGAUCUAAACGGACGAAUAAGGGACACACAACCAUGCAUGGGUGGAAUGAAAAACACGAAGGGAUAGGAAUUAUACCUAAUUGUCAAAUUUUAAUAUUACUUUAUUUUUCAUUUUUUUCUUGUAAAUAAGAUAAGUUGGGAGCUUGCAUGCAUUGCAUCCCCAUAAUAAAGGCAAAUUUUAUGUACUUUUAAGAAUUAAAUCACAGUUUUAGACACUGACACAAUGUAAUUCCUUUGUACGGAUGUGUACAUAGGAAUUGCAAACUGCAAAAGACAGUCUCUUCAAUAGAUUAUUACGUAUUAGCAUGGCUACAUGUAUCUUUGUAUACGUGAAAACGACGAAAAGUGUUCCUUUAUAGGCGUUAUAUACGAGUUGGCCAUUUUUGUCGAGUUCCCCUGAAUGUAUGUAAUUAAUUGUUUACUGUUGAAUGGGAUAGCGCCAGACUUAUUUUAAGGAAGAUAUAAAUGCAGCAACCUCGUCCCCAGGUGUCGAGCAGUACGCGCCCACCACUACCUGUUCUGUCACCCUGGUAUCGGAUCAUUUGCAUGUGCAAGAUUUUUGAACACGUAUGCAAAUGAGGAAUAGUCUGGUGCUUGCAUGCGGUGUCUGGGGUAAAAACAGCAUCAAUUCGUCACGCCGUGAGUUUCGAAAACACGAUUGUUUUUAAAGGUAAAAUGUUGCAAUCCUAUCCUGCCAAUUUGCAGUAUCACAUUUUAUAUUAACAUGAGCAAAAUUGAAAGGAAAAGAGUAUUUUUGAGGAUACAGGAUACAGCAAUCAGGAUACAGGAAGAAAGUUUCCUAUCCAGGUCUUGGUAACGAGGUUGGAAAUAAAGUAAGCACUGGGGACGAGGUUGUAAAUGCAGACUUAUUUUACUGUCACUUUUUUUAAAUCUGUUUUUAAACUUUAGGAAAUGUUUAAUUACAAAUUAUAAAUUAUUCAUUGAAGCAGACUGGAAUUAAUAAGUAAUUAAAUUGCUUUUAUUUCUCUUAGCAAGGCCCAAAACUUCAGAUUUUACCUCACUUUCAAUUCAAUAUGGCCGACUCGUGAAUAAGGCCAUAAUGGCGAUUCUAUUUGCAACGGAGGUAAAUUAAUAAUGAAACUCGUCUCGUCAACCUCAAUUAAAGUAUUCUAGAUAUACUCCAAUAAAUUUGACUUUUAUUUCUAUAAAUACA